GUACGUCACGUUUGAACGAAUAACAAAAACGUCAUUACGUCCUUCCCUGUCUGAAAAUCCGUUAAUUCAUGAUUACCGUAACACUAUGAUUCUGUUUUGGUUCACAUUUAGACGAAAUUGUCGACUCCCCACCUCCCCUAAAAUCAUCGUGCUAACUGCUAAGUUUUCUCUAAUAAAACAUCAUAGCAUUAUAUGAUUAACCUGCCAAUCAAAAGUUGUUAUAGCUCAUUGAAUGACUCGGCCUUUAAUCUUUAGAGACACCAAACGCGCUAAGUACCGAUGAACGAUGAUCUUUUAUCUUUAUAUGGAUUAUAGUUCAUCGUUAGACUUUGUAGAGUACUUGUUUUCCGUUGAAUUAAUAGGAUAAAGUCAUUCCAUUAAUGUGCUCGAAAAGUUUUUGCCAAAAAGAACAUAACCGAAGCCAACUACAAUUGUAAUUACAUAGCUGAAGGCCUGAAGCCAACUAUAAUUGUAAUUUGAUUUCCAUCUAAGGUGCUUAUCUAAGUUACUUGUUUAGUAUGUACAUAGGUCUAUCAUUCGAGUUGUCAUUAUGAUGACAUUUUUCGUCUUUUUAAAUUUUUUUUUGUCCAAUUAUGUAAUGGUAUGACAUGAUUUGGUUUUCUCAUUUAUGUUAUAUAAUAUAGGUGUGACAUUUUGAUCCCUGAAAAAAAAUGUACAACGCAACGCAAUCAAGAGUAAAAAUAACCUUAAAGAAGUGAAUUAUGAUAAUGUGAAAAUAAAAACAUGUGAAACAAGACGUAGCCCAAAUGGCGGAGAGUUUGGUUUGAGCCGCGACCUCAAGGUCGUGUCUUCAAUCCCUAGCUCCGUCGGUAACGCAUACUGAAAGGGCAAAACCAAUCUCGAGGUCGCGUGCUUGAUCUCUAGCUUCGUUGAUAAGGCAUGCUUAAUAAGCAAAUCCCACCUUGUAGACUUGUAGUAGCACCCCCAUCCCCCACAAGUAGAUGGAUAAAAAAAAAAACUUUGUAAAUUGGCCCACUCGUCCAACCCGACUUAACCUAUAUGUAUUUAUCGCUAAUAUUAAAGUUUAAUCACAUUCGGAUACUGAUAUGGAGCAUAUAGGAAGAAUAGCUGAAAUCCCACAAAGCUCCAAACCCAAAACUGGCUUCACAAAUCACAAUAGCACAAAUUUUAAUUACGAAUGGAAACAAAGGCGUUGAAAUACUAUUUAUAGGCCUGGUCAAAGAUUUGAUUUGUUUAUUGAGUUGUUGGCUGUUGUGUUAUAUACCGGCUCUGACCACGACAAGCUAAAUGCUAACCACGACAAAUCCCCCGGCAAACAAACAGUAACUGUAGUUCAGCGCCACGUAUGAUCUCUAAGUCUAUCCGUAAAAGAUAGAAUAAAAUGUACAUAUCCUUACAAAUACACUCUUAUAUAUAUAUUAUCAAAGAUGUAACAAAAGUAUUUUUUAGUCUAAAAUUCCGUUGAUUAACGGUUAAAAUAGCAGGAAAUUAUCAUAUUGGCCUAACACGUAAUUAGAUAACGAUAAGUGCAUUCCAUAGUCGGGAAUGAGGCUAACACGUUCUAAUUGACUUCUAACCCAUUUAUUAAGAUCAGAACUCUAGGCAUCAUGAAGAGGUCAUGAUAUGGAAGUUAGCUUCUGCUGGGAUCCAGUACCACAAUCCACAUAUAGCCUUCGAUUUUUAACACAGAACUAGUAGCAUGUUAGGAGAAAAAUUAAUGCAUUAUUAAUAGAUUCAUCUUUGACUUCUUUGGACAACGAGUAAUAACAUGUUUCACAACACUCAGGAACAAUAUUUGAAUGAGGGUAUUUGAUGACAUUUUGGGGAACCAACUAGAUUAAGCUACUCUACUUUCUAUAGAAGUUCAGUGAAAGUUUCAAAAACUAAAAACUACGGCUACAACUACAGAAAAAAAAAGAUAAAGUUAACAUAAAGUGUCAAAGUGUUGUUUUUCGAAACCCUUUAACAAAAUUUUCAAACAAGUCUCUGCCUCUCUGUACCGAUCACUGCGUUCAUCAUCAUCAUCAAACAUUCAUCACUUGCAAAUAGUAAAGGCCACAUUCAAAGACUAUAAAUUCGUCUCUACUGUUAAUUGCUUUGCUGGACCAAAAUUGCAGAGAUUUCCCAACCACUCACAUGUCAUGGCUCUCUCUUAUUGACUCAGCCCAUAGAUCUUCAACCAUCCAACUAUCUCCAAGAUACACAUAUCUCAUCAUGUUUACCUCAUCAUUUUUUUCUUUGUUGUGAAAGCACGGAGAGAUCCAUGAUUAAUAAGUAAAAAAUCGACAUUAAUUGAUAAGACGUGUUUUAUGGUGAAAUGGAAGAGUUCUUGUAAGAACUUCAAAAUUAAAUAUGCUAACUUUGAAGCACUGCAAAGAUGGAUCACCUUAUGGAAAAUCAUAUUGAUAUGCACUUUAAGAUAAAAAUCACGAGGGUUUAAACCCGAAACAUGCAAUAUCUUGUCGAAAAGGGGUUCGGAAUGUUACAUCCCGUUUAGUAUCAUUUUGUUGUUGUUGUGGUUGCAGUGGUGUUGUGUAAACAGAUGUACAACCACAACAGGAAAAAAACAGAAAACACAAACCUGUUUAGUUGAUAAAUCUGAAAAAUCAUGAAAGCUGAAAACAAGAAACAAAAACGCGUUUAGUUACUAUUAUAAGAGGUCGCGGCGGCGCGAGGCUGUUGAGUAGGGGAGGCCCGGCGGCUGCUGUUGAGCAGGGGAGGGGAGGUCGAGGCGGCGGCUUUUGAGCAGGGGAGGGGAGGUGGGGCGGAGGGUCGGGAGGGUGGAGGUGGCCGGUCGGGAGGCGCGGAGGGUCGGGAGGGCGGAGGUGGCCGGCGUGGAGUGGGGAGAAGGCGCCGGCGUGUAUGGCUGGAGGGGAGAGCGGCGCCUUUGUUUGAGACAAAAUGGAGAGGUUGGGGGCGGCUGAAGUAAGUAGGGUUGGAGGUGGUGUUAAAUUCUUUUUUUUUUUUUUGCUUCUGUGGGGAUUCGAAAACUGAUAUGUUUUAAUGAAAUCAAGCGCCCAACCAGUAGGAAUCCCGUGUGCAACAUGUUUAAGAAUCAGAUCCAAAGCUAUAAAUUGUUGUUUCUCAUAUUUGGGCCUUGUUGUGCAACUCUGAUUCACAACAAAAAAUAAAAACCCAACUAAACACGAUUUUUUUUCUUUGUUUUCCAAAUAUCUUAAAAUACAACAGAAAACAAAAACAAGCAACAAUACUAAACGGGCCUUUAGAGUAUCUCAAUGUUUUCAAAACGGUAUUCAUUAAGAAACAGAAACUAAUGGAAGAACGGUUCAACUUUGAAUCUGUCUCUGUCCUUAAAUUAUAAGGUCAAAUAGGUGGAUGGCCACAAAUGCAAAAAGAUGCACUGCCCACGAUUAAGCCACUACCACUAAUCAAGAUCCAAAUCCCCAUGAGCCAUGACUCUCUCAAUUCUUUAUUAGGAGCAGCAGUUGGAUUAGAUUUGCCACACAUACAGAGUCACAGAGAUAAUUAUUCUUGCUAAUUAAGUUUAAAGCUUAAUGAUCACCAUCUUUGUCAUCCAGCGCAUUGGAUUGGAAUUUCCCAUUUUGUAUCUUAUAAAAUUAACAGGUUAAAUGGGGUCAUUUUGCCAAGUAUCAGAGUUAUUCAAUGUCUCCAAUACAUAAGAGAAACAAAAUGAUAGUAACAUGUUACAAUGUUAGACAAUUGGUUUAUGAUUGAUCAUAGGAGAAAGAAGCAAAAAAUCAAUUGAUCAUUAGACAAGUUAUAUAUUGAUUAUAAAUGAUUUUGGUAGAUUUUCUUCCUCUCAAGUGGAUAUUAUCGUAUAAAUGUGAAGAACAAAUUAAGUAAGAAAGAUGUGAAAUCUGGAUGGAUUCAGUCAAGAUAAUUGUUACAUAAUUUGAACUUGAGAUUGAAUGACCCAAUUACGCUCGAGAAGUUUGUGGUGUCGAGAUGCGACUUUAAAUGAAACCGUACCAAGAGAAGAUUUCAUGCAUGGAGGGGAUCCAAUCACAAAGUUCCCAAUAGACCAAUACUAUAUUGCUUGCAUACAAACAAAUGCUUGGUUUAGUGGUACUACCAUUGGUUUUCAACCUAUAGAUUCAAGGUUCGAAUUCUUUAUGUAACACCGACGUCGAAAAAACAAACCUAUGUGUCACCCUUAUAAAAGAGUACUACAUUGCUUGCAGGGACCUUGAGAGUUUGGGAACCCAAUUACAUUGGAGGCUAUGGGUUCUAGAACUGAUUGAGACAAUUGGAUAGAACUAGAGAGCACCAUCUAUACAACAACACAUCUGCAAAUUUGUUACCAAAGAUAUGGAGCAACCUCCACCAUUUAUAUCACUUGAAUCAAUAGUCAAUGAUUUUGGUACUCUCUAUGUAGAAAAUCUUGCCUCCCAUUUGAUUUCUUUGCAACAAUAAGCUUAGGGUAGGUGAAAAUCAUACUAGUUCCUACUUGUAACACAUUUUAGUUAAUAAUAAUAAAUCAAUUAAUAUAAUGAUCAAAUUUCCAGCCUAGCAUAUUACCAAAGGAAACAGCUCUCUCUCUGUCAAUCUGUAUCAGUAACUUUCCUUCCUUUCCCUUCCAAUAUACCGUUGAGAGACAUUUAUCAAUAAAUGUUGAACCAAAGAUCUCUUCUUUUAACUUUCUUCCCAUCUUCCCAUUAUUGAAAAUUGUAGAAACUAAUCAGGGAAUAAAUAUUAAUAAAAAGAGGGUAUCUUGCAAAAAAGUAAAAAAAAAACCCCCAGCAAACUGAAGAAGCAAAAAUAUGGAGCUGCAAAGGAAAUGGAAAAGAUCAAGGAAAGGAAGAAUAUAUAGAGAGAAAGAAAGGAGUGUUCUUUUGAUCUUUUCCCUUUCUGAAUCGUGUAAAGAGUAGAGUAGGGGAAGUGUCAGAGAGAGAGAGAGAGAGCUUAGCUGGCGAGAGAGCGGGAUAGCCGGAAAGUCAAACUUCCUCCUUCCACCACCGUCAUCGCCGCCGAAUUCCGGCGGCCGCCUGCUUACCAAACCUACCCGACCCGCCGUAAACCCAUUUCAUUCCUUCCUUCUUCCACUGUCAUUUUGCCUUUCCAUUUUUAACUUCGAAAGCCCCCAUUUUUAUUAACCUCAUUCGUUUUGAUUAUUUUGAUUUCUUUUUGGGCCUUCUCCCGUUUCCCUCUUUGUCAACUGAAGAGAUUGUGGUGUGCCAGAAGGGAAGAGAGAGACGGAGGAAACAGAGCAGGUACAGAGAAAAAUAGUAUUUGGUAGCCAACAAUUUGUUUUCUGGGGGAAGGAGAAGAGAAGAAGUGGGCAACGACGCAAAUUGGAAGCAACUAAUUUUGUUUGCGAGUGCUUCCUGAGGUACAAGGAGAAAAAGAGAAGAGUUGAAGCUUUUAUUUAUUGUUUUUGUUUGGUUUAGCUUCGUGAUUGCGGUGAAAGGAAAUUCAGUCCCACAUUUCGUUUUUGGUCUCUGCUUCUCUUCCAAAUUCUCUGUGGGUUUUUUGAUGAAUGGGUACGUAGAAUUUGAUAUGGGGAAAAGGGUAUUCGAGUUGCUCCUGCACUGUCCAUAACAAACAAAAAGGAGAGGAGCCAUGGUGGAUCCCGCCAGUGUGAAAGCAUUCACCCUUAUUGUACUGAAUCUGGUGGUGUUGUUUCAGCCGACAUUUCAGCAGCAGCAGCAGCAGCAGAGGCUUAGUUCAAGGAUUGAGCGAGCUGCCCUGUUCCAACUCAGGUCUAGUUUGGGUAUAAGGAGUAAAGAAUGGCCUAGAAAGGUUGACCCUUGCUUGGCUUGGGUAGGCAUCAAAUGUGAUAAUGGUACUGUUUCUGAGAUCGACAUUUCUGGGUUCAGGAGGACUAGGGUGGGUUCACUGAACCCUCAGUUUGCUGUCGAUGCACUUGCCAAUUUCACUAGCUUGACUUCCUUCAAUGCCUCUCGAUUCUCGCUUCCUGGCUCAAUCCCUGAUUGGUUUGGUCAAACACUGUUCAAUCUCCAGGUUCUUGAUCUCACCUCUUGCUCUAUAAUCAAUGCUGUUCCUGCUAGUUUAGGAGGUCUGACUAGCUUGAUUCGACUCCAUUUGGCUGGUAACAGUUUGACGGGUACCAUCCCUUCCACUUUGGGUCAGUUGCUGCAGCUUUCGGUUCUUGAUCUCUCACGAAAUUUGUUUACUGGUACAAUACCUCCUUCGUUUGGUUCCUUGGCGAAUUUGACAAGUCUCGAUAUGUCUUCGAACUUCUUGGCUGGAUCGAUUCCUCCUGACCUUGGGACAUUGUCCAAGCUCACGAGCUUGAAUCUUUCCAAUAAUAGUUUGUCAUCUUCAAUACCUACUGAGCUUGGGGGCCUUGUUAGUUUGGAAGACCUUGAUCUCACCCGCAAUUCAUUGACCGGAGGACUGCCUGUUGAGUUAAGUGGGCUGAUUAAUUUGCAAAGCCUGCUGCUUGGCAACAACUUCUUAGGUGGCCCUUUGCCAGCCAGUCUGUUCGCUAAUCAAACUAGGUUGCAGAAUGUGGUUCUCAGCCAAAAUGAUUUCACUGGUCCUAUUCCUAGGGAGCUAUGGUUAAUGCCUGCAUUGCGCUUGCUUGAUAUCUCUGGUAACAAUUUCACAGGUAUGCUGCAAGAUAUUGGCUUGACUUCUGGAAACACUAGUGUAGCAGUAGUAAAUAUAUCAUCAAAUCAGUUCUAUGGAAGUCUUGGACCGGUGUGGAGAAGAUUCAGUUCUGUUGAUCUGUCUGGUAACUAUUUUGAAGGCGUGGUUCCAGAUUAUGUGCUUAACAAGGCAUCUCUCAAUAGAAAUUGUCUCCAGAAUGUCACGAAUCAGAAGAACUUGUCUGAUUGUUCGUCAUUUUACUCUGAUCGUGGGCUGACUUUUGAUAAUUUUGGGCUCCCAAAUUCUACACAACCUAGAACUUCAGGGAAGAAGAGCAAGAAAAACAUUAUUAUAUUGGCAAGUGUACUCGGAGGACUAGGACUUCUGCUUUUAGCAUUUUUCUUUGCUCUGUUGCUUUUCUGCUGUCGUAAGAGAAACGGUUCAAAUCAAAGAGGGGUUGCUGUUGAGCCCGCUCCAGCCUCAGGGACUGCUCCACCUCCGCCUCCAGAGGCAUCGAUUAACUUAUCGAGUUUGGGGGAUACAUUCACGUAUCAAGAGCUGCUUCAAGCUACUGGUGAGUUUAAUGAUGCAAAUCUCAUCAAGCAUGGCCACUCUGGAGAUAUAUACCAAGUUGUCUUGGGAAGUGGAAUCCCUGUGGUGGUUAAAAGGAUUGAUUUGAGCGCUGUUAAGAAGGAGGCAUAUCUGAUCGAACUUGAUUUUUUCAGUAAAGUUUCACAUCCUAAAGUGGUGCCACUUUUGGGACAUUGCUUGGAGAAUGAAAAUGAGAAGCUUUUGGUGUACAAGUACAUGCCAAAUGGGGAUUUGGCGAGUUCAUUGUUCAGGAAAACUAGUUCAGAAGAUGAUACAUUGCAGUCACUGGAUUGGAUUACGAGAUUGAAAAUUGCUAUUGGUGCUGCUGAAGCUCUUUCUUGCCUGCACCAUGAAUGUACGCCGCCCAUUGUGCACAGAGAUGUUCAAGCAAGCAGCAUACUUCUUGAUGACAAAUUUGAAGUAAGAUUAGGGAGCUUGAGUGAGGUCUGUGCUCAAGAAGGGGAUGUUCAUCAAAGCAGGAUCACCAGGCUGCUGCGGUUACCGUCUUCCGAUCAAGGAACUUCUGGUCAACCGACAGCCACGUGUGCCUAUGAUGUCUACUGCUUUGGGAAAGUCCUUCUCGAGCUAGUGACAGGAAAUAUCGGCAUUAGUGCUGCAAGUGAUGCCCAACUGAAGGAGUGGCUAGAACAGAUCAUCCCCAACAUAAGCAUGUACGAGAAGGAACUCGUUGUUAAAAUCGUGGACCCAUCUCUAAUCAUCGACGAAGAUCUCCUGGAGGAAGUUUGGGCCAUGGCUAUAGUAGCAAGGUCAUGCCUGAACCCCAAACCUUCGAGACGGCCCCUAAUGAGAUACAUUCUCAAGGCAUUGGAAAACCCUCUGAAUGUAGUGAGAGAAGAGACUACAGAGUCUGCAAGGCUAAGAACAUCCUCGAGAGGGUCAUGGAAUGCUGCUGUAUUCGGUAGCUGGCGUCAGGCAUCUGAUGUAACGGUGGUACCUCCAACAGCUUCCACCAGUCGGCGGCCAGAGGGAGGAGGAGGCAGUUUUAAAAGGUCAACAACGUCGAAGUCAAACUCGCAGUCGCAGGGGAGUGGUGGUGGGCAGAAUGGUGGGGGUGGUGAUCAUUCUUCUUCACACAGACGGCAUUCCAGGGAUAUUUUCCCCGAACCAGCUGAAGGCCAACAAGAUAUAGAGAGGCAAGAACACGAGUAGGGACGCACGAGAGAGUGAGAGAAAUGUAGAUGUGGGUAAUGGAGAUUCUUUGUUAAUAAGAUGGCAGCAGCAGCAGCAGCAGGCUUUCCUAUUUCAGAGUGCCUGCUUGCUUGCUGGGUUUCCCUGGUGUGGAUGAGUCAUAUUUUGUGGGGUUUUUUUGGUUGCCUUGGUGGUGAAGGAAUUAAAUUUCAGAAGCUGGUUUUUGUUUCAUGGCAGUGAUUUGAGGGUUUGAUGGGAGAUCACUGGUGCAGCAGGUCAACAUUAUUUGUUUGGCAGUUUAACGGUUAUUGAACAGAGCUGCCAUUUUUUUUUCCUUUUGAGUUCUGUAAGUGGGGUUUCUUUGUUCUUUUGUUGUUUCUUCUUUUAGUGGGGCAGUCUUUGGUGCUCUGCAAUCAUUGUAAAGGUGUAAACUUUGUUAAGAAUCUGAUGAUACUGAAAUUGGGUGGGGGAUUCUCAGGGGUUCUUCUUAAGUUAUCUCUUGGAGGGGGAAAAGAUAUCGUGGAAAAUAACAGACAAAAAAACAGAUUUGUACACUUGUUAGUUUCCUGUUCCUGUUGUUUUUAUCAUGUUCUUGAGUUUAGUAAUUGUGCAUUUGUGCUACUCCUUCCUUAGAAAGAAGAAAGACUAGCUGAGAAUUGAUGGGAUUUGAAUACAUUUCGAUAUCCUUGUUCGUAUUUGUCAUCUCUCAACGAAUAAUUGAAGGAGAAGAAGAACAUACAAGUUCGAAACUCGUAAGAUUCAAAUUGGCUAUUUUAAAAGACAGAAUGAAAGUUUGUGAAAUUUGAACAGACUACUUAACUGUCACAAUCUUGUUACUGAUAUAGCUAGAUUGAUUAGG